ACAAAGGCAGGGGGGGGAAAAGCCGGCGCCGGUCCCGGCCCCCGUUGCCGCGGGCUCCUACGGCGCGUCCCAGUGGGCUAGAAGAUGAACGCAGCUGAAUUCAGCGACGACCACGAAGAAGUUGCCGCUCCACAAAGCAACGCUGUGAAGGUGGAGGAGGAGGAAGAGGAGGAGGAGGAGGACACAGAAGAUGCCGUGCUGGACUGCUCCGUGACAAGCAGGACUUUGGAGAAGUGUCUGCGGGGUGGCUGUCUUGUACCCAGUGGCCAGGAGCCCAACAAGCGGAAACUGACUGCAUUCGGGGGGGAUGGCCAGGGGGGCCGGCUCGAGCUCUUACCUAGCGGGAAGAAGAGGCGACUGAUUCCUGAGGGCCUCCUGGUCGGCAUGAAGAGCCGGGACGGCGGUUCCCCCAACCAGGGAGGCGCAGAGCUGCCCUGCAAGCCCAGCGAGCCGGGGGCCCCGUGGCCGGGCGAGGACGGGGAGCCAUUCGCCGACGGGACCACCUCCUCAUCCUACAAGAAGCCCCUGUACGGCAUCUCGCACAAGAUCACGGAGAAGAAGAACCCCGCGGGGGCCGAGCCCUUCACCGCCUGCGACGCGUACGAGCGGGUGGGCUGCAGCCACAGCCCCUCACCCCUCCGGCUGCUGGGUGAGGCGCGCAAGAGGGAAGGUGGGGGCGGGGGCGCGGCCGGGGACGGCGACCCCAACGUCUACGCCCUGAUCCAGAAGAUGUUCUACACCCUGAACUCCCUGCACUCCAACAUGACGCAGUUGCACAGCAAGGUGGACCUGCUGUCGCUGGAGGUGAGCCGUAUCAAGCGGCACCUGAGCCCCGGGGAGCCCGUGGCCGAGUUCCAGCCGCCCCCCGAGUACCAGCUGACGGCGGCCGAGCUGAAGCAGAUCACGGAGCACAGCGCCUCGGGAGGCGACCUGGCCUGCCGCCUGCUGGUGCAGCUCUUCCCGGAGCUGUUCGGCGAUGAGGACCUGGGACGCGGCUGCGGGGCCUGCGGCUUCCUCGGCAAGAAGCAGCUGGGGUCACUGCACCUGCAGCUCAUCCGCAACUACGUGGAGGCCUGCUACCCGGCCGUCAAGAACACGGCCGUCUGGCAGGUGGAGUGCCUGCCCCAGGUAAACGACUUCUUCAACCGCUUCUGGGCCCAGCGGGAGAUGGAGGGCGGGCCGGCGGCCGGUGGCUUCUACGCGACUGAGCUGGGGGAGCCGGCCCGCUUCCUGGACGCCAAGGAGCGGGACGAGGCCCUGUCCCUGGAGCGGAGCAGCCCCGCCGGGCCCGAGCAGCAGGCGCUGGACGCGCAGGACCUGCACGACUUCCUGGACGAGGCGUCAUCGCCCGGCGAGUUCGCCGUCUUCCUGCUGCACCGCCUGUUCCCUGAGCUCUUCGACCAGCCCCGGCUGGGCGAAGCCUUUGGUGGUGGCGGCGGCGGUGGCGGCGGCUGCUGCGGGGGCAAGCGGGACCUGGACCCCCAGCGCCUGCAGCUGAUCCGCCGCUACACGGAGAUCUACUUCCCGGACGUGCAGGAGGAGGAGGUGUGGCUGCAGCAGUGCGCCCGGCGCCUCCACGACGAGCUGGACGGCAGCGAGGGCGAGGCACCGCGGGACGACGAGCUGGACGGCGGCGAUGAGGACGACGAGGCCGGCGACGAGGACGGGGAGGACGAGGAGGAGGACGGGGAGGACGAGGGUGGCGGCCUGCCUGACGACGUGUCGGUCGUCAAGGUGGAAGACGGCUCGGACCUGGAGCGGCCCGGGCGGCGCUCCAAGAAGAUCUGGCUGGUCCCAGUCGACUUUGACAAGUUGGACAUCCCACCCCCCGACUUCGAGGUGCCCGGGGCCGACUGCCUGCUGAGCAAGGAGCAGAUCCGCUGCAUCUACGAGAGCAGCCUGUCCAUCGGCAACUUCGCCUCGCGCCUCCUGGUCCACCUGUUCCCCGAGCUCUUCACCCCGGAGAACCUGCGCAAGCAGUACAACUGCAGCGGUUCCCUGGGCAAGAAGCAGCUGGACCCGGCCCGGGUCCGCCUCAUCCGCCACUACGUGCAGCUCCUCUACCCGCGGGCCAAGAACGACCGCGUCUGGACGCUGGAGUUCGUGGGCAAGCUGGACGAGCGCUGCCGCCGCCGGGACACGGAGCAGCGGCGCAGUUACCAGCAGCAGCGCAAGGUGCACGUGCCCGGCCCCGACCGCCGGGACUUCCUGGCCUAUGCAAUCAACCCGGAGCGCUUCCGCGAGGAGCUGGACGGGCCCCCGCUGCCCCCCGAGCGGAGCAGCAAGGACUUCUGCAAGAUCCCCCUGGACGAGCUGGCCAUCCCCGCCCCCGACUUUCCUGUGCCUUCGCUCUACCUGCUGUCCGACAAGGAGGUGCGGGAGAUCGUGCAGCAGAGCCUGUCCGUGGGCAACUUCGCCGCCCGUCUCCUGGUGCGCCUCUUCCCCGAACUCUUCACGCCGGAGAACCUCCGGCUGCAGUACAACCACUCGGGCGCCUGCAACAAGAAGCAGCUGGACCCGGUGCGCCUGCGGCUGAUCCGCCACUACGUCGAGGCGGUGUACCCGGUGGACAAGAUGGAAGAGGUGUGGCACUACGAGUGCAUCCCCAGCAUCGACGAGCGCUGCCGCCGGCCCAACCGCAAGAAGUGCGACAUCCUCAAGAAAGCCAAGAAAGCCAAGAAGUGCCAGACUGUCUGA